AUGGCAGAAGCAGUUCUUUCCGGCCUUGCCACUUCCAUACUGAAUAGCCUCGCCGCUGAAAUAGCACAACCUGUAGGCUCCUCGGCUUCUCAGAAGAUUCGGUUGCUCUACGGUGCCAAGGACGAGCUCCUAAGCCUUGAGACCUCCGUCCAGUCCAUCCAAGCUCUGCUUUUGGAUGCCGAGAAGCAGCAAUGGCAGAACGACCAGGUCAAGCUCUGGCUUAAGAGGCUCAAGGCGGUGCUGUACGACAUACAGGACUUGCUCGACGAUGUUGCAACUGAAGAUCUGAGGCGAAAGGUCACUUCCGGCAACAAGACCUGGAAAGAGGUACGCUUUUUCUUCUCCAAAUCGAAUCAGCUUGCACUCCGGCUCAAAGUGGCUAAUAAGAUUGAGGAACUUAAGAAGAAACUGGAUGGGAUUAAAAAUGAUAGGGAGUUCCAUUUAGAGCCGCAUCUGAGUGGGCCAACUGCUGCAAUUGAGAGGAGGACAACUCACUCUUUUGUGCGCGAGGAAGAAAUAAUUGGUAGAGAAGAGGACAAAAAGGCGAUCAUUGCGCAUUUGCUUGAUUCCUCCUCUAGGGAGAGAGUUUCGGUUGUUUCGAUCGUGGGUAUAGGCGGGCUUGGAAAAACUACUCUUGCUCGGCUCGUUUACAACGAUGACAAGGUUAAAGACUGUUUCAACCCUAAGCUGUGGGCGUGUCAUGGGGAUACUAAAAACUUCGAUGAGUAUGUGAUCAUCAAAGCAAUGCUGAAAUCUGCUCAGGAUGAGUGUCGUGGGGAUCCUGAGAUGAUGAGAGAUCUGCAAGACAUUGAGAAUAAAUCGAAGGACCAGUUGCAGCAGCUCCUUCGUAAGGUACUGGAUGGGAAGAAGUACUUGCUUGUUCUGGAUGACUUGUGGAACGAAGAGCACCAGGCAUGGUUGGACCUCCAAUCUCUCCUAAUGGGUGGUUCAUGGGGGAGCAAGAUACUCGUCACCACUCGCAAUCGGUCGGUCGUGCGUGCUACAAAUGCGAAAUCAGUUGUUCAUGAUCUACUUGGCUUAUCUGAAGAUAAGUCAUGGGACUUAUUCAAGAAAAUAGCUUUGGUAGAUGGGGAAGAAACAUUAAACCCGAGCCUGAAGGAGAAAUGUCGAGACAUGGUCAAAAAAUGCGCUGGUGUUCCUCUUGCCAUCAGAACUAUAGGCAGCCUUUUAUACGAAACAGAGGAAAAUAAGUGGGACGGUCUCAUUGACCGUGAACUUUCAGAAAUAGAUACGUCGGAACGUGGAAUUAUGGAAGCCCUUAAGGUCAGCUACGAUCAUCUUCCGUCGGCGUUAAAGCAUUGUUUUGCAUAUUGUGCGUUGUUUCCGAAAGAUCAUGUCUUCGAUAAAGAGAUGAUAAUACAGCUUUGGAUGGCACAAGGAUUUAUUGAAUCGAACGAGGACCUAGAAAAGGCUGGGGAUCGAUGCGUCUCGCACCUACUUUGGAGGUCAUUCCUUGAGGUUGAAGAAGUCGAUGAUUCCACAAAUGAGGUGAAAAUGUUCAAGAUGCAUGAUCUCAUGCACGAUCUUGCCUCAAAAGUUGCAGGAGAUGAGUGCAAGAUGAUUAAUCACAAUGAGGGCGGCAUAGAUAGAGAAACUCGACAUGUAUCAUUUGCUUUCCAGUCGUCCUUGCUUCAAAAUAUGACCACUCAACUUGAGGCAACAAAUCUACGAGCGUUCCUCACAUUGACGAACAUGAGAACAUAUGGACAGGAGGUGUCACCAAUUGAAUGUGAGGGGAUUUUCACCAAGAUUAGGCGUUGUCGAACUUUGGCUUUGCUCGGUUCAGAUUUUUGUAUCUCUUCUUCCUUGGGGAGUCGGUUGAAGCACUUAAGAUUUCUUGAUAUUUCCGAAAACUGGUCCAUUAAGAGCUUGCCCGAUUCAAUCACGGAUUUGCUGAACUUGCAGACCCUUAAACUCUCUGGUUGUGAAAAUCUCAAAACACUUCCAAGAGAUUUGAAGAAAUUGGUCAACCUGAGGCACCUCUUAAUUGAUGGGUGUCGCUCAUUGACCCACAUGCCACGUGGGUUGAAUCAGCUAUCUUCUCUUCAGACUUUAUCCAAAUUCGUGGUACGAAAGGUGGGCCAUAGAGUACCUGGAGGUGUGGGGAGAGUGGAUGAACUGGAUGCGUUAAACAAAUUGGCGGGAUCCAUUAGUCUUGAAAAAUUGCAGUUCCUUCAACCAGCACCGAACAAAGCUCACUUGGCGAAAAAAGAAGGUCUCCGUUCGUUGCGGUUGGAGUGGUGGAGCCCGCGGGAGGAGCGAGAUGACAAAAGCGAGAGCGAUGAAUUGGUCGUGUGGGAGAACCUCAGGCCGCACCAAAAUCUGACACAUUUGACCAUAUACGGUUGUCCGAGUAGGAGUCCACCAAGCUGGCUUUCCUCCAUCGGGUGUCUCGUUAAGCUCACACUCUGGGCUUGUAGAAGAUGGAAGUACUUGCCACCCUUGAGUGAGCUCCCUUCCCUAAGGGAGUUGGAACUCACUGGCUUGGAUGAGUUGGAGUUCGUUCAAGAGAUAAGGGACCCACAACAAUCCAAUACCGCGUGCCCCUUCUUUCCAUCUCUAGAGACACUGCGCCUCGGCAAUUGUGGCAAAUUGAAAGGGUGGUGGGGAAAGAGGCUACUAGUGGGAGAAGAACAGAAUCAUGGGCGGUACGAUUCCCAAUCGUCAUUCCCAAAACUUUUGCACGUGCACAUAUUUGGUUGUGGCAACCUGAAUUCCUUGCCACUCUUGCCAUCAGUGAUAGACUUGGUAUUGCAUGGAUCGAGCUCGAAAGUAUUGGAACAUCAAGUGAAGGCCGUUCCAAAUUAUUCUUCAGAAGCAGCACUAGUAUCCACCUCCAUCCCUCUCUCUAAAUUAAAGGAAUUGUAUUUGGUUCCGAUGUCGGCUUUGGAUCACUCGAUGCUCGAGACUCUACUUCCAUUCCUCCGUAAUCUCGAGUCCAUGAGCUUCUCCAAUUGUUCCGCACUAAGGAGUCUCUCUAGUGGCAUGCAGUACCUGUCCUCGCUCCAGCACCUCGUUAUUGGUAAUUGUGAAGAGCUCGAUUUGUCAAGCCACGAUGAUGAGCAGGGUACCCAGUGGCGAUCCCUCGCGAACCUCCGUACUAUUGAAUUCCAGGGACUUCUGAAAUUGGUGGAGUUACCCAAGGGGAUUCAACAUGUCACCACUCUGCAAUCUCUUUCGAUUGAUUCGUGUCGGAAUCUGACAAGCUUGCCGGAAUGGAUAGGCAAUUUCUCUUUGCUCCAAGAUCUGGAAAUUAUUGACUGCCCAAGUAUAGAGUGUAUGCCUGAUGGGAUGCAGAACCUCACCUCCCUGAAGAGAUUAAAAAUUCAUGGGUGUCCAGUUCUGAAAAGGAGGUGCCGAAGAGAAGACGGUGCCGAUUGGGAAAAAGUCAAGGGCAUUGCACACUUAUUAUGUUGA